AUGAUAUCUCCGACUGCCUCAGCGUCGGCUCAAGAUGAUGAAAAGCGUGCAUCUGGAGAAGAAACCCCAGCUACAACGACUCUCAGCGAUGAGGAGAAGCAGAUCAUCGAAAAGCAGCUCCACAUGCCUAAGAAGAGCGUUGGGUAUUUCUCCCUAUUUCGAUAUGCCAACAGGAAAGAGGCAUUGAUCAUGGCAAUUGCCGCUAUCGCAUCUAUCGUGGCUGGCGCUGUUCUUCCACUAAUGACGCUUGUCUAUGGCAACUUUGCGGGAAGCAUGACAAAUUUUGCGACUGAUGCUACUGUUGCAGCCCAUUUUAAGCACCAAAUCAACACUUUCACCUUAUAUUUCGUGUAUCUUGGCAUUGCAUCAUUUAUCUCCGUGUACGUGAGUAUCAUUGGCUUCUCCUACACCGGUGAACGGAUCACUCAGCACAUUCGAGAGCUUUAUCUUCGAGCUAUAUUUCGCCAGAACAUUGCCUUCUUCGACUUUCUUGGUUCUGGCGAGGUUACUACACGCAUCAGCUCCGACAUGAAUCUGGUUCAAGAUGGUAUUGGGCAGAAAGUGGCCUUGUUCGUCACCGGCACCUCCAUGUUUGUUUCUGCUCUGGUGGUUGGAUUUAUACGCUCUGCCAAAUUAGCAGGCAUUAUGCUAUCGGCAACGGUAGCGGUCGUUCUGAUGAUGGGUUUCAACGGCAAGAAUAUGAAAGCUAAUAUGACGCUUGCCGUCAAUGAGUACGCAACCGCUGGGACCCUGGCCGAGGAGGUCAUAUCGUCCGCUCGAAAUGUCACCGCAUUCGGAACGCAGAAGCGGCUAGAGAAGAAGUACGAGACGUUCUUGAGAAGGGCCUCGAGAUUUGACUUCAAAGGGAAGUUCUGGUUAUCCUCAAUGAUUGCGGGAAUGAUGGCCGUUCUCAACCUGCAAUACGCUUUGGCAUUUUGGCAAGGAAAUCGAUUCCUUCAUGCGGGAGAGCUGGGUGUUGCUCAGAUUCUCACCGUCAUCAUGGCGUCGAUGGUUGCAGGUGUUAGUAUUGGACACAAUCUUCCGCACCUUGGUGCCUUCGGACAGGCCACAGCGGCUGCCACUAAAGUCUUCAAUACCAUCGAGCGCAAGUCACCGAUAGAUCCAGAGACCGACGAAGGAGAGAAGCCAGAACAGUAUAUCGGAAACAUCGAGUUCAAGAAUAUUAAGCACGUAUACCCGUCUCGUCCCGAUACAACUGUCUUGGAAGAUUUCAAUCUCGUCAUUCCCUCAGGGAAAAUGAUAGCCCUCGUUGGUGCAUCAGGGUCUGGCAAAUCCACGAUAUUUGGACUUCUCGAACGGUUUUAUCUGCCUAUGUCUGGGGAAGUCUUCCUCGAUGGGAACGAUAUCAGUAAAUUGAAUCUAAAAUGGCUAAGGAGGAAUAUGGCCAUCGUCAGUCAGGAACCAGUGCUUUUCAGUACGACGAUCUACGAGUCUAUCGAACAUGGCCUGGUAGGAACUGAGUAUGAGAAUGCGAAAGACGAAGUGAAGGCAGAACUCAUCGAACAGGCUGCUAAGAUCGCCAACGCUUGGGACUUCAUCAAUGAGCUCCCUCUCAAGCUCCGAACUACUGUAGGAGAGCGUGGAUCACUGCUUAGCGGAGGCCAAAAGCAGCGAAUAGCCAUCGCACGAGCUGUCGUCUCCGACCCUAAGAUUCUACUCCUCGACGAAGCCACUGCCAGUUUAGAUACAAAGUCCGAAAGUGCUGUGCAGGAAGCCCUAGACCGUGCAUCGGAAGGCCGGACAACGAUCGUUAUUGCCCAUCGCCUUUCGACAAUCAAGAAUGCGGAUAAUAUUGUUGUCAUGGCCAAGGGUAAGAUUAUGGAACAAGGCACACAUGACGAGCUACUUAACCUUGGUGGUAUUUAUCAGAGUCUAGUGCAGGCCCAAGAGCUGAGUUCAAAGAUCCUUCCCAGCGGCCGAGUCGCUAUCAUGGAGAAGGAGGGUGAAAUUGUUUCCGAUCCCGAGAAGCUGAACCUCGUCCGAACAACUACCACCAAACCCGUGUCAAUCAAGGCUCCAACCAAAGACGACAACGAAGACUACAGUACCUGGGAACUAGUCAAAUUCAGCUGGUCAAUGAACGCGAAAGAGCAUAAAAUUAUGCUGGUUGGAUUCCUUUUCUGCGUCCUCGCGGGUGCGGCACCGGCACUCCAAGCUAUUUUCCUAGGUAACUCUAUCAUCUCGCUCUUGGUCCCCUCAAUGUCGACUGGCGGACACACACUGGGAUUCUGGUGUUGGAUGUUCCUUAUGUUGGGGAUUACCACCUGGAUCUUUAACUUCGCCCAAGGACUGACGUUGGCGAAGUCAUCAGCGCUGCUUAUUGCGCGAGUUCGAGAGCAAGCUUUCAGCGCCAUUCUCCGUCAGGAUAUCGAAUUCUUUGAUGGAGAUGCAGUCACAUCUGGCUCACUAGCUACUUUCCUCUCUUCAGAAGCUAAUCGGCUUGCUGGUAUGAGUGGAUCUACCCUAGGUGCUAUCGUUAUGGCAGUGGCUACUAUCAUCUCCGCCAUUGUCAUAGCCUGCUCGUUUGGAUGGAAACUUGCUCUCGUCUGCACUUCAACCCUACCUAUCCUCAUAGGGUGUGGAUACUUUAGAUUCCGCGCUCUCAUCAGCAUGGAAAGACGCACAAAACACUCCACCGAAGCCGCCUCCUUCGCCUGUGAGGCCGCAUCCUCAAUCCGCACCGUAGCGUCCCUCUCCCUCGAAAAGCACCUUCUCAACCAAUACCACGAGAAACUCAGCGAACAAGCCCUCGGGAAUCUCCGCGCCACACAAACUUCCGCGCUUCUGUAUGCGCUAUCCCAAAGCCUCUCUAUGUUCGUUUUUGCAAUGGUGUUCUGGUAUGGUGGAAAACUUAUCCUGAAACAAGAAUACACGAUCGUGCAGUUUUUCGUCUGCUAUGCGUCGAUUAUUAACGGUGCACAGUCUGCUGGUGCAAUUUUCUCGUUCGCACCGGAUAUGGGGGAGGCGCGGAGUGCUGCAAAACUACUUAAAUCGUUCCUAAACCGUGUGCCGAAGAUCGAUUCAUGGUCGACAGAAGGCAAGAAGAUCGACCGCUUGGACGGAAAAGUCGAGCUUGAGAAAGUCCGGUUUACAUACCCUGGACGUCCAGACCACCCUGUACUUCGGGGCGUCAGUCUUAUCGCCGAGCCGGGACAGUUUGUGGCGUUAGUGGGUGCGAGUGGGAGUGGGAAGUCAACUGUAAUGGCUCUGCUAGAACGAUUUUACAAUUACGAUUCUGGAGUUGUGAUGGUGGAUGAGACGGAAUUAAAAGAUUAUAAUCUACAAGAGUAUCGGUCGCAGUUGGCGAUUGUGAGUCAAGAGACGACAUUGUAUACUGGGACGAUUAGGGAGAAUAUUCUUGCGGAUAAGGAUGAUGUGAGCGAGGAGGCGAUUGUGCAGGCUUGCAAGGAUGCGAAUAUUUAUGAGUUCAUUACAUCCCUCCCGGACGGUAUGAACACCCUUGUUGGUGCUAAAGGGGCGUUGUUAUCAGGUGGUCAACGUCAGCGCAUCGCCAUCGCCCGCGCUCUUCUCCGCGAUCCUAAGAUUCUCCUCCUCGACGAAGCUACUUCCUCUCUCGACAGCACCUCCGAACGCACCGUGCAAGCUGCGCUCGACUCCGCAUCCAAAGGCCGCACUACCAUCGCCAUCGCUCAUCGUCUCAGCACUAUCCAACACGCAGAUGUUAUAUAUGUGUUUGAUCAGGGGAAGGUCGUUGAAAGGGGUACACAUGACGAAUUGAUGAGCAAGAGGGGUGUGUACUGGGAGUUGGCGAGGUUGCAGGAUAUGGGCGCGCCGCAGUAA